CUAAUAUAGAAUAAAAUGCGUCGCAACUGGAGAGGUCGUUACAGAAAUAAUUGGAACCGAAAUAAAAGGCCAAAUAAUACUUCUGAUAAUCGGAGCCUUAAUAAUUCUUCAUCAUCGUCUUUGAUAGCUUCAACUGCUUCAAAUUCUUCAAGGGCUCCAGCAAAUCAAAUUCCUAUUGUAAUACCCAUAUAUACUGAAAAGAAUGUAUGGAAACUUUAUUUUCCUUCAGAAGAGCAAUCUUCAAAUUUAGAAAUGGCUAAAAAUAUUAAGAGUUUUCAAGAUUACAUAGAAAAGAAUAGAAGUUUAUUUGAUUUAGAGAAGAUUGAUCAGACUCGCAGUAUUCCUUUAGAUGUACAAAACUUGACAAAUGAUAUGGAUUUCAAAAAUACUUGGCCUUCCUUUCAAAGCGACUUAUUUGAAAACCCAGAGACAACUUUGAGAAUUUUGGAGUACUGCUUACAUGAGAAACUCAAAUGUGAAGCUCGCAUAAGGGUUAGAAUAUUAAACCAUGAACCAAUUAUUCCAAUAGCUAAUUUAAAAGUUAAUUAUUUUGGAAAAUUAGUUACCAUCAAAGGCACUGUAAUCAGAGUAGGAAGUGUUGGGCUUAUAUGCAAUUCAAUGGCAUUUGAGUGUUCAAGUUGUCAUAGCAUUCAAGCUGUAAUGCAACCUCAGGGUGUAUUCACAGCUCCAAACUGUUGCCAGAAAUGUAAAAGUGGUAAUAAAUUUGAACCAUUGCAAUCCUCUACAUUCACAAAUACAACUGACUGGCAAAUAGCUAAAAUACAAGAGAUACAAUCACAGAGCUUGUCAGGAACUAUACCUCGAACGGUAGAGAUAGAACUGCAAGGUGACCUGGUGGGUAGUGCAUGUCCUGGAGAUGUUCUCUCUGUCACAGGCAUAGUACAGGUUCGUGGUGAGAGCAAAGGAGGUGAAGAUGGUAGAAGAGCUGCUAGACUCUUACAGUUAUAUGUAGAAGCAGUUUCCAUACACAGCCAAAGAAACUUGAGCAAUCCCACUUUAUCAUUUACUUUAAAAGACUAUUAUGCAAUUCAGGAAAUUCAUGCUUCCGAGAAUGUCUUCAGACUUUUGGUCCAUUCUCUGUGUCCCACAAUAUUUGGUCAAGAGGCUGUUAAAGCCGGUCUAAUUUUAGGUCUUUUUGGAGGAACUGAGUUAGAAAAUGGUACAAGAUCAAAUCCUCAUGUAUUGAUUGUUGGAGACCCUGGAUUAGGAAAAUCUCAGUUAUUGCAAGCAGCCGCACAUGCAGCUCCAAGGGGUGUGUACGUGUGCGGUGCGUCUGCUUCAGCGGGAGGUCUCACAGUAGCUCUGGGGAGGGAGUCGGGGGGCGAUUACGCGCUCGAGGCUGGAGCAUUGGUGUUGGCUGACAAAGGUGUUUGCUGUGUCGAUGAAUUAGAUAAGAUGGGCGCGCACCACAGUAGCCUGCUGGAGGCGAUGGAGCAAAGGCGCGUCAGCGUGGCGAAGGGCGGCGUCGUGUGCAGCCUCGCGGCGCGCGCCACCGUGCUGGCCGCCGCCAACCCCGCCGCCGGCGCCUACCGCAGAUCAAAAACAGUAGCUGAAAAUUUAAAAUUGAACUCAGCACUACUAUCAAGAUUUGAUCUAGUAUUCAUUUUAUUAGAUCAGCCAGAUGAGAAAAUCGAUGCAAUGCUAUCUGAACAUGUGUUGGCCUUACACUCCGGUGCGAAAAGAAAGAAAAUUGACGGCGGCGAAACUAGUAAUUUAAAUAUAAGUAUAUAUUCGAGCCAAAGUGAUAAUGAAGUUUCACUAAGUAAAAAAUUACGUCUUAAGCCCAGUGAAGUAAUUGAUACAUUACCAUUAGUAUUACUUCGGAAAUACAUCGCAUACGCAAGAAGAUAUGUCCAUCCCAAACUGAGUAAGGAAGCUGCGAAUGUACUUCAAGAUUUUUAUUUAGAACUUCGUAGCAAACAUCAGAAUUCCGACGGAGCGCCCAUAACCACAAGGCAACUUGAAGCAUGUAUACGGCUAACGCAGGCAAGAGCAAGAGUAGAUUUACGAGAAGAAGCAACGGUUCAAGAUGCGCAUGACGUAAUCAGUUUAGUUAAACAUAGUCUUGUGGAUACAUUUAGCGACGAAUACGGUAAUAUUGAAUUAUCACGCUCAAUAAACGGCUCUGGAGUUAGUUCGCGAAAUAAGCUAAAGCGAUUUUUAGAUGCUUUAAGUCAUCGAUCUCAUCAAUUAGGUAAAGACGUAUUUACUAGACAAGAAUUAAUACAAAUACACAAAUCUGUCGGUAUCAGUGGUGAUGCAAAUGAUCUAAUUGAAGCAAUGCACAUACAUUCCUAUUUACUACUGAAAGGAUCCAAUUUAUAUCAGUUAGUUGCAAUUUAAAGUUUGUUAUGUUACAAAGUUAUAAAAUUUAUGAAAUAUAUUCUUAUACAAACUCAAAA